AUGCUACAGAUAUUCAGAGACCUUGGUAUUGUUGUAGAACCAAGAGCCGAGUACACUGAGGAACAGAACGGACUCACAGAGAGAGCCGGCAGCACAAUUGUCACGAGGGGACGGGCUAUCCGGAUCGGCGGAGACCUGCCUAUGGAGUUAACUAACAAGUGCUGCAUGACAGCUGUAUAUCUCCUCAAUCGCACGCCUACAGAAGCACUGUCCUGGAGAACUCUAUAUGAGGUUGUCCACGGACGUAAGCCAACAGUUGCUUACCUAACUACUAUUAGAUCCCAAGCAUACGCGUUAAACACGAAGCUGAAGCGCAGGGAGAAGCUACAAUCACGUGCGUUGAUAGGACAGCUAGUAGGCUAUGACUCCACAAAUAUCUAUCGCGUGUGGAUGCCGACGCUGCAGAGAGUAUUGAGGACACGGGACGUGGUCUUCCUGCCGUCAGAGCACAGCAUGGAGGAGGUUUACCCAGAGAGACAGAGACUACGUAAGAUUGCUACUGUUCUUAACAUCCUGGAAAAUCUAGAGGAACCAGAGCAACUUAUAGGGGAGUCACACGUCAGUGAAAUCAUUCCCAGUCAAGAAAACGUCAACGAGACAGAGGAUGCCCAUGAGGCAGAGAGCGUUGACGAAGCAGAGAGUCAGCUAAUAAAUAAGAUGGCUGGUCAUCGAGAGUCACAGAAGGAAGUGAAAGAGAGUACAGAAUGGCUACCGACGCCUGAGGACACACCCGAGCCGAGUUAUCUGCUGGAUGGCAACAGAGAGAUAGUUAAGAGUAGUCAGGAGAGUGGCAGCAUGCCACGAGGCUGGCAGACUCUUAUGCCUGAGGCAGAGGCUCCGGAUCGACGAUCGAAUAACGCUCCAAGGAGAGAAGAGAUCAGCAGCCAGAUUGACGAGGCAAACGUGCUGACGUCAAGGAGACAGAGACGCCCGCUGGGAUCGUACUACACAGCAUUUGCACUGGCUGUCAAUCCAUCAGAAUCUCAGAAACUUAUGGGCGAAGCGCCACGCACAAGGCUGCACAGAGACAGGCUCCCAGCACCCCCACAACAGUGGAGAGACCUAGAGAAGCACCUGCACGGACAGGAGUUCAGAGAGGCAGCUUAUGCUGAGUUUGCUAGCUGUCAAGAGAAGGGAUGCUUUGCAACCACGUCAGUGACAGCAGCAGCAGCAGCCGCUGAGGCACAGAUACUCCCUCUGAAGUGGGUAUUCACAUACAAGUUUAACAAAGAUAGGUACCUCUACAAGUACAAGGCAAGACUUGUUGUUAGAGGAGACCUCCAGAACGAGUGGGGAGACACGUACGCAGCCACACUGGCAGCACGUGUAUUCAGAUCUCUAAUGGCUAUAGCUGCCGCAUUUGGCCUUCAGGCGUAUUAG